GGUUUCAUGACAGGAGUGCCGUUAAUUCCUACAUUAUGGAUGUGGAACUGAAGCACAAAGAGACAAAAGCCUGUGAAACCAAAAGGCUGGAAUUAGAAAGAAAACUGCUGGAAUACAGAAAGUCUGAUGAGUACCUAAUGAAACUAAAAUACAUGAAGCUGAAAAAGUACUUGAACGAAAUAGAUGAACGACAAAAAGAAGCUCUUCUGCGAAACCAGACCUUGUUAAAGCAAUUCGACCAAUUGGAAGCUCAUAUGAAAACUUCAAGUUCAGAGAUGAUUCAGAAGAUGGAAGCAUGCUACAGAAGAGAAAUUAAAAGUGUGUUAUCACUUCAAGAGGGUAACUUGUCAGCAGAAGGUGACAAGGAAGAAGCAUCCAAGGAGCAGAUGCUGAGGGCUGCAAGACAGGCAGGCGUCGGCACCGAGGCAGCUGUGCCAAAAGGACUGUAUCAUCCAGCAGCAGUCUUUAUGGGUCGCCACACAUCAGCCGUCUCAGCCGCUGCAGGUUUGGGCACGCAGCAGAAGUCCUCCCAGCCCACAGAGAGCCGCUCAGCGCCCAACCUGCCUUCGUGCUCUCUACCGCUUGAAGAACUUGGUCCAGAGAGCAGAAGCGCUGAUUUAGAGAGUGAUGCAUCAGUGGAGGGAGCAGAGAGACACAGGGACCUGUCUGCUAGUGAGGAAGACUCCGAGCAGCUCAUCUCCUCAGCAUCUGAUCCCACACCAGCCACCCCCGAGGAGGAACGACUGCGGGGAAGCAUCCCAGGACCAGAGCCUUUCCUGAGUAACUGGUGGACUUGUAAGGAGGCAAGCGGGGUGAGCAGUUUUGAGCUCCCGGUCCCCACAAGCACCGAGGAGGCAAUGCUGAGUGCUCUUGGUGUGCCAGCAGACGGCUGGGAGCGGGGCAGGGAUGACCAUGCUGCAGAGGACUCCACGCUGCUAUCACCAAACCCUCCUGCGGUGCUGGAGGAGCCCGUGGUCAGCUCAGCACCAGACGGGCACUGCGGGAUGCUGGCAGGACUCUCCUGUGCGCUGCAGCUGAUAGAAGAAACGGUGGUGAGGAUGAGCCCCCAGCACCGGGCGCUGUACCAGGGCCAGCAUGUGGGGACGAUGGGGACAGCGGAGCUGCUCAGCUUUUGUAAUCAGUCCGGCAGUCUGAAAGAAGAAGACCUUGAAGCAUGCGAAGCAGUUGUCCUUCAUCAGCUUCAGGCUUUAUUACCGAGCGUGCUGAAUGGAUCCCUCCUACCUGAGAAAACACUCGAUGCUAAAGGUGGAGUGGUGGAUGGAAAGCAAACCAGGCCAGAGCAGCAGUGGGACACGUAUCUGCUGCGGACUUGCUUGAGCAACCAUGCCCUGUUCCUGAGAGAGCACCAGGUUCAGCUCACGGAAGAAGUGGCGGAGAUGUUUGAAAGCCUGCUGGUUUCCAGCAAGGAGGCGCAGGAUGGCCAGGCUCUACCGGUGUUGAGAGAAGUCCUUCCCGAAGAGUGUGGGGAUAGGUCAUCUAUUCAGAGUAACGAAUCCUCUUCUAGCUUGCCAUCGAUCCCAAACGGCAGCGGGGAAAUCAAGCAGGCAAAACACGCUCCCCAGCUCGCUGGCGCGGGAGAACAAGAAGUCACAAGCUGGUGUGAAGAUGAGAGCAAGGAAGAAAGCGUGGUCAAAAAGAUUCCUAUUACAGGCUGGGAUGCUGGUGAUAAUAGCUCCAAAGCAGAAGCAAGCCAAGGAACGCAUUCGGAAACUAGUUCAUCAUGGAAUGAAAGGAGUCCUCCCUUCUCAAG